AUGAACGUCGAAGAUAGACCGCGACAUCGCCAGCGACUGCGAAUCGCAUGUGAUUCCUGUCGAGAGCGUAAAAGAAAAUGUGAUGGAGGACGACCUUGCAAUAUGUGCCUUGGUUAUGGGUACGACUGCUCCUAUCGUUCAACACCCCGCAGCCGGCAAUCACAAAGACGCGCAGUCCGGCCCCAGAGCAUAGUGGUACAGGAAGCAAGCCCAACACCUGCUGCAGGGACUUCGUCACUACACUUAGAUGAUCACCAGCCGGCCCAGCCAGUCCAGCCGACCCAGCGACUUCAGCAGCAAGUUUCAGAGAAUCAUGACCCGCAAGAAUUAGGCAAUGGCCACCAGCAUUCACCCGCAUACCUGCGAUCCGUCGAAAGCAACUCUGGAGCGGCUUUUGCACGCCUGCUUACGGUGGCACUCGAAUCAUCUGAUCAGAGUGCUUCUCCAAUGCGAAUGCUCGCAUGGAACUUGUUUCUUGGAGAAAGACAAGCAGCGAUACCGGUACAGCAGGAGGCUCUCACAGACAUUCUAUCAGAACCAGAGAUGCGACAUCUAGCUAGCAUCUAUUUUGAAAAGUUUCAUCCAUGUUAUAGCUUCAUUGACAAGGAUAUGCUGCUCCAGAGUAUAUCCGACAAUUGGAAUCAGCAAAAAACACACGAUGCCUUAGAAGCUCUUCUGAGUGGUGUCGGUGCCCUCGCACUUCUGUUUUCGAAUACUCAAGACGUGGAAACUGAAUCGAGACUCGCUUCACUUGCUAAACGUCUGCUGGACCCAUCAUGUGCUGAUCCUCCAUCACUAUAUAGUGCUACUGCGUGGGUGCUUCGCACUGCAUACUUACGGGUUACAGCAAAGCCAGAAGAGGCAUGGUUAGCAAGCUGCAGCGCUCUCCACAUCAUUGAUGCUGCAGGGCUGAUCCACUGUACCAGCCGGAGUAGUGCCUUCAUCACAUCUCAAGACCCAGUCAGUAUCCAUCUUCGGAAAAGGGUGAUUGGCGUAGCACAACACCUGAACAUAUGGAUGUCAUAUGACCUAGGUCGGAGUCGUGUGUCUCUGCCUAACUUUGACAAUACCCCGCUGACUCCGCAAGCCGGGGAAUACACAGUGGAAUUGCUGGAUCUCCUGCCAUACUCACAGGACCUGGACCCGACUAACGAACUAAGUGUGGACCGGCUUGUUAAAGCAUUGGUGAACGUCUUGGAGCGAACACAUAGCGAACCACCAUCUGUACUUGCACAGUGCAACUUGAUGCUGUGCAUUCAUCGUAGACUUCAUGCCUCGAAGCUCGAGAUAUCUGAGAACCUCAUGGCCAAGGUCCUCGGUUUGAUUCAAAAAAGUAUACAGGCUGUUCGAUCCAACAUUGCAGCACACCUUCCCUGGCACCACGUAGCCAACAUACCGUUUCAGACAGUUUGCACACUCCUCGUUAUCGAUACUGCACAGUCUUUUACACUUUUGUCUGAGGCCCUGGCUUGUGUCAUCGCCGUGAAUGAAGCGUACCCAACUGAGGCGACACGAGAAGCUGCUGUUGCUGCAUGUACGCUGCUCCGGCUGCACCGAAGGCGAAGGGAAGCAGAGAUCAAGAAGCACUCUGACAUGUUGGGCCUAUACCCUUCUGUGGAUUUUUUCUUGCAGGAGAAUCAUGGUGAUCCUCUGAGCAGCGACUCUCUGCAGGAAUUUUCUUGGUUCAAUGAGUUUUUAGCUAAUUCGGAUCUAGCAUCAGGUCUUGAUCCGUUCAUGUAA